AUGACUAUCCCUCCCGCUGGCACUCCAGUAGGACUUGAGAUCCCGGCCAAGGAUGUGGCUCGUGGUUCUGCAUUCUACAAUGCGGUCUUCAACUGGACUUUUGCGCCUUCGACUCUGGGCUUCCCAGCAGAUAAGCUGCUUACUUUCACCGUGCCUGGUGGAAUCCUCCCUAUCGGCGGGGCCCUCCGCCGGGUGGAUGAUAUUCCAACAACUGAGGGCGCUCUUAAGAUUUACCUCUAUGUUGAGGAUAUUGUCGCUGCGCUAGAGGCAAUCCAAAAGCACGGCGGUAAGAAGGUCGGCGAGGUCAUCCCAGAAGGUGAUAAAGGGCUCUUCCAGUACGUCGAAGACAGUGAAGGCAACGGCUUCGCUAUCUACACCUACAAGUGA